AAAAACAAUAUUGUGAAAAAGAAAAAAUAUUUAAGGCAGGUUAAAAAGUUACGGCCUCGUGUUUUUCUUAUUCUUUCUUCGCGAUCUCCUCCAUGUUCGGUUGUUAGAACAUUUGUUUCCUCAUCUCAAUCCUCGUACCUUUCUCGAAUAGCCUCCUUCGUUCCUGUCUUCUCAUCAUGGCUUCCAGCGUCUCAGAUAUCUUCUCGACUGCUCCUGCUCUCCAGAGUAACAUCGGAAUCUUGUCUCCUGAUCAGAUCGAAUUGGCCAAGAUCCUAUUAGAGAAUGGUCAGAGUCAUCUAUUCCUGCACUGGUCUGAACCAGGCGUCUGUGACAAAGAGAAGCUAGCAUUCUUUGAUCAGAUUGCUCGCUUAAAUUCAAGCUAUCCAGGGGGGUUAGCAGCAUACAUUAAGACUGCUAAAGAGCUUCUGGCUGAUUCAAAGCUAGGGAAGAACCCAUACGAUGGUUUCUCUCCUUCUGUUCCUUCAGGCGAAAACCUUACUUUUGGUGAUGAUAGUUUCAUUGAAAUGGAGAAAAGAGGUGUCGUCGAAGCUAGGAAAGCUACUUUUGUUCUUGUUGCUGGUGGGCUUGGUGAGCGUCUUGGUUACAAUGGAAUCAAGGUUGCACUUCCAAGGGAGACAACUACUGGGACAUGCUUUUUGCAGCACUACAUUGAAUCAAUAUUGGCUCUUCAAGAAGCUAGCCACAAGGUCGCUUCUGAUGGAAGUCAGACAGAUAUUCCUUUCAUUAUCAUGACCUCUGAUGAUACACAUUCACGCACACAAGAUCUGUUAGAGUUAAACUCUUACUUUGGGAUGAAACCUACACAAGUACAUCUCUUAAAACAGGAAAAAGUUGCAUGUCUUGAUGACAAUGAUGCUAGACUUGCGUUAGACUCCAACAACAAAUACAAGAUCCAGACAAAGCCUCAUGGUCAUGGCGAUGUACAUUCGCUUCUCUAUACCAGUGGUCUUCUUGAUAAAUGGCUCGAUGCUGGUCUUAAAUGGGUUUUGUUUUUCCAAGAUACAAAUGGACUUCUCUUCAAUGCAAUUCCAGCUUCUCUGGGUGUGAGUGCUACUAAACAAUAUCAUGUUAACUCUCUGGCUGUUCCCCGCAAGGCGAAAGAAGCUAUUGGAGGAAUUACUAAACUUACCCAUGCUGAUGGCAGAUCUAUGGUGAUCAACGUGGAGUAUAAUCAACUUGAUCCUCUACUUAGAGCAUCUGGUUUCCCUGACGGGGAUGUUAAUUCUGAGACAGGCUAUUCCCCUUUCCCUGGAAAUAUUAAUCAAUUGAUUCUUGAACUUGGUCCAUACAAAGAAGAGUUGCAGAAAACUGGAGGGGCCAUUAAGGAGUUUGUUAAUCCAAAAUACAAGGAUAGCACCAAGACAUCAUUUAAAUCUUCAACUCGUCUAGAGUGUAUGAUGCAAGACUAUCCAAAGACAUUGCCACCAACAGCACGUGUUGGAUUCACGGUGAUGGAUAUAUGGCUUGCUUAUGCACCCGUUAAGAAUAACCCCGAGGAUGCUGCUAAGGUACCAAAAGGAAACCCAUACCACAGUGCAACUUCUGGAGAAAUGGCCAUUUAUCGUGCUAACAGCCGUAUUCUUCAAAAGGCUGGUGUCAAAGUGGAAGAGCCUGUGAAGCAGGUCUUGAACGGCCAAGAAGUUGAAGUAUGGUCUCGUAUCACAUGGAAACCCAAAUGGGGAAUGAUCUUUUCUGAUAUCAAAACGAAAGUCAGUGGGAACUGCGAGAUCUCUCAGAGAUCCACAAUGGCUAUUAAGGGUCGUAAUGUGUUGGUUGAAAAUCUCUCCCUGGAUGGUGCUCUUAUUGUAGACUCCAUUGAUGAUGCAGAGGUAAAACUUGGAGGCUCGAUCAAGAACAAUGGUUGGACCAUGGAAACUGUAGACUACAAGGACACAUCGGUUCCAGAGGAAAUAAGAAUCAGAGGUUUUAGAUUCAACAAAGUGGAGCAACUCGAAAAGAAGUUCACUCAACCUGGGAAAUUUUCUUUGGAGGAUUAAAAAAGAGUUAGCAAAUUUGGAAACGCCAAAUGAUCUAUUUGUCUUUCUUUUACACCUUCAUUCAUCCAACGAGACAUGUUUUCUUUACGAUAUUUACUUUAAUGUUCAUUUUACUAACGAUAUUCAAUAUUUGAUUUUAUGGUCUUAUGAAACAUACUGGCGGUUUUUACUU